AUGAAUUACGGUAAACCCUUAUACCAACUGUCGUUGUCAGAAAGAUGGUUACUGGUCAUAACUGAUCGUGGGUACAAGUUCUAUUUUGACAAGGACCAUCUAGCAUCCCAUUGGGAAUUGCCAAAUGAGUGUGUCAGCGAGGUGCAAGAACUGAAGAACAAAAAAGAGCAAGUUCUUUUAUUACUUGGGGUCGCGAGGGGCGCACGAAUCAUGGACAAGGAAGCUGGAGACCUAAACGAGCUCCUUCACGGCGUAAGACACCCUGCUAAACAGAUCGAAGCUGUCAGCUCUGAAGAGGAAGAUGGUCAAGACGAAAAAAUAGAUAAUAAAGAUGAGGUGUCGCCGAUUCAACGUCGGACAUCAGACAACACAGGUAUAAUGCUUGGUUACGAGUCUGACACCGAGGAUGGUACUGAAAUGGAAGACUCGCAGUCCUCAAAAGAGGAACAGAAUCCGGAAAAGCAAAUGCAGUUGUCAGAAAUGAAGAAUCAAGUUUUCAAGUCAUCCGAACAGGAGUCGUCCGACUUGUCGUCCGAGGAAGAUUCGUCCGGAGGCCUAAACCUCUCAGAUUUGGACGACUACGAAGAAAACUCCUCAGAAGCAGCAGAACGGUUUUACAACAUGUUAACUCGCUACGAAGUAGACCCGUACUCCUCCUACGAUCUCGAGUGCGAUAAAUUUAUGAACGAUCCAAUUUAUUUUGAAAUAGAUGAUGAUGAAAAACGAAGGUCAUUAUUUGACCAAUGGUGUACACAGGUCGCUCGAUCGAACAGCAACAUUGAUCCCACCACGAGGGCGGUGAUAGAAUACUGCAAGUUGCUCCUCCACAACGACGUCAACUUGAAUAAUUAUCUGGAGUUUAAACGCACAUUCAGACAGGCCCCUGAGUUUCGGGGCUUAGAGUCGGACAAAUUGCGCAACAAGAUUUUCAACAAAUACAUCGAGUUCCGAAAAAGCGACCAUAUAGCGUUUGUGCUUCGCGCGCUUAGAAAAAGCGGGAAACUUAUAGUUCUUGCUCGUAAACUGGAAAGCAAAAGGCCCCAAAACCUGCUGGAUGCUCUCCGCGAAUCAGACUUUAACAUCAACCAGGAAAUCAUGGAGUUCAACUUCCUGGACCAACAACAGCAAUCCGUGGCACUAGAACAAUUUCUAGCUAAUAUAUAA